AUGGCUCCGGUUGGUCCACGUUCCGGUGAUGCUAUAUUCUCCAGCAUCGAUCGCAUGAAUGCAGAGUUGUUCAUGUUGACUUAUGGUGCAAUCGUGCGUCAAUUGCUUACUGACCUCGAAGAUGUUGAGGAAGUCAACAAACAGCUUGAUCAAAUGGGAUACAACAUUGGUAUCCGACUUAUCGAUGAGUUUCUUGCCAAAUAUGGCGUUUCCAGAUGCGUUGAUUUCAAGGAAACUGCUGAAAUGAUUGCCAAGUUAGAUUAUGAUGAAUCACAUAGAGGAAUAUACCGUCUACGGAUUAAGCGAUGCAAUCCAUCUGAAAAUGCAUGA